UCCAUACCUGGGCCCAGGUGCGCUCCCUCUGCGUCUCUCGGUCGCUCUGCUCACCGGAUGGAGCGGGCCCAAGCAGGGUCCGGAGGAGACCAACCCGGAGCCGAGUUCCCAAUGGAGCCCUUGGGGAGCCAGGUCGCGGCGCCGGAGCAGCCGCAGGUCCCCGCAGAGGAGCGACAGCUCGAGAGUCCCGAGAGCAGUCCGAGUCUGGCCCGCGCCGCAAAGGAGGCGGCGGGCGCGGGCCAGGACCCCUCCGGCGGGAAGAAGCUGCCCCCGCCUCGCCCGGCGCUCCUGCGGCUCCCGCCCCCCAGCCUGGGCUACGGCGCCUUCCGCCGCCAGGUGUCCGCGGGCUCGGAGCCGCCGUCGCCCGGCCCCGCCUCAGCCGAGCAGUCCCAGGCCGGCGAGGUGCCGGGGGAGCCGCCGCAGGGCGCCUGGGCCCCGGUGGAGCUGCAGGUGGACGUGCGCGUGAAGUCCGUGGGCGUGGCGGGCGGCAGCCGCGCGCCCUCGCCGGCGCCGUCCCCGCGCUUCCUCACCGUGCCGGUGCCCGAGUCCCCGGCCUUCUCCCGCCACGCCUUCCCCGCGCACCCCCUGCUGCCGCGGACCCCCGCCCGGCCCGAGCGCGGCCUCGACGCCGAGGGCCGGGCGAGCCCCGCAGACGGGCGCUCGGAGCUCCCGGGCUCCCCCACGUGCCGCGGCCGCUGCCGGGAGCUGGGGCUGGAGAAGGAGGAGGCCGGCGCGCUGCUGCACCGCGCGGAGACGGGCGGCGACGAGAAGCUGCCCCGGGCCAUACAGCUCGUAGGGCUGCCUAUGUACAUGAAGUCCCUGCGCUGGGCGCUGGCAGUCAUGGCCAUGUUCCUGGCCGUGUCCGCAGUCGCCAUCGUGGCUCUGGCAUCUAGAGCAGGGACCAGAUGCCGGCCAUGUCCCCGUGGCUGGAUGUGGUCCGAGGAGAACUGCUACUACCUCUCUGCCGAAGCUCAGGCUUGGGAGGCCAGCCAGGCCUUCUGCUCAGCUCACCAGGCUACCCUCCCACUGCUGAGCCACACCCAGGACUUCCUGAGCAGAUACCCAGUCCCCAAGUACUCCUGGGUGGGGGCCCGGCGAGGCCCCCAGGGCUGGCACUGGAUCGACGGGGCCCCACUGUCGCCCCAGCUACUCCCGGAGGAAGAGGAGGACCAGCCAGAUCUCAAGUGCGGGGGCCUGGAGGGAGGCAAGCUGGUGGCUUUGGACUGUGCCUCUCCAAGACCGUGGGUCUGCGCCAAGGGGACCAAGUGACUUGGCUUCCACCCCUCCUGAGACUUGGGGGCCUGCAGCCACCCCAGGGGAAGCCAGGUUGCCAGCUGGGGAAGCCUCUUCCCUGGACCCAGACUUCCAGGUCUCCCUGCUCU